AUGGAUUAUUUUUGUGGAUCUCCGCUAUGGAAUACCACCUUUGUAUGGGAUACAGACGAUCCAAAUUUUACACCAUGUUUUCAAAAGACUGUCCUCGUAUGGAUCCCUUGUGGAUACCUCUGGCUUGCAGCUUUACUCGAGUUAUAUCAAAUGUUUGUCAGCAAAGAGGCCAACAUACCCUGGAGCAAACUGAAUGUUAUUAAACUGGUUAUAACAUUAUUCUUGGUAUUGCUACAAAUAAUUAACUUCAGUCAAGUAAUAUAUACAUCUUCAAGAGAACAGGAUAUAGUUUUUGAUGCAGACUACUAUGCUCCAAUUGUAAAACUAAUAACUUUUGUGUUAUCAGCAACGAUUUUAGUUUACAACAAAAAAUGUGGUAUGAGAGCUUCAGGAGUACUCUUUGUAUUUUGGUUACUCCUCAUUUUGGCGGGGUUACCCCAGCUAAGAACUGAGAUAACGAAGUAUAAAGCAGCUGUGAACAAUGACCUCUAUAGUUUAGGGAGUUAUAUAGUUUAUUAUAUUCUAGUUAUGGUAAUGUUUGUAAUGAAUUGUUUCGCUGAUUUGCCUCCGACAGAUACACCGUACGUUUACGAUAAGAGAAAAUCCCCCGAAGACGCAUCCGGGGUCCCCAGCCGCCUUACAUUUAGUUGGUUUGAUCCAGUAGCUAUAACCGGGUAUAGAAGAACUUUGACUGAAGAUGAUUUGUAUUCUUUGAGCCCUAAGUUACUUUCUAAGGAAACUGUUCCACGAUUUGAUAAAUAUUGGAAACGGGCGUUGAAAAAACAAUGGUCAAGGACAGAAGAACCGUCAAGUUCAGAAACAUCGUCGUUAAAAGGCGGCAAAAAGGAGAAAAACAUUGUUUCCAUUUUACCCGUAUUGAUCAGAGCUUUCGGCGGACAAUUUUUUGUUGCUAUGGUUUUAAAGUUAUGCAACGAUUUACUAUUAUUUGCAGCGCCAGUAUUACUUAGAUUACUUGUAGGCUUUGUAGAAGGUAAUGAACCAGUAUGGAGAGGUUAUCUUUAUGCCGUUGGUAUGUUGGUGUGUGCUUCUUUACAGACUGUGUUUUUGGGCCAAAAUAUGAUAAUGACUUCAAAAGUCGGCGUGAAAAUCAAUUGUGCCUUAAGUAGCAUGUUAUACAAGAAAGCCUUAAACUUGACCAACAAAGCCAGGAAGAAACACACCGUUGGAGAAAUUAUGAACUUAAUGUCUACUGACGUGACCAGGUUUACUGAUUUAACACUAAUGCACUUAAUAUGGUCAGCCCCUUUACAAGUAGCUUUGGCCAUGUAUUUCUUAUGGAAUGUGUUGGGGAUAUCAGUUCUGGCCGGCCUUGGAGUAAUAAUUUGUCUUACACCAGUUAACGGUUUUUUUGCUGGUAUUCAGGAAAAAUUCCAGGCAAAGAUUAUGUAUCAUAAAGACGAAAGAAUAAAACUAAUGACCGAAGUACUGAAUGGUAUGAAGGUACUCAAAAUGUAUGCUUGGGAGACAAGCUUUCAAGAACAUCUUCUUAAAAUAAGGAAUAAAGAAUUGAGUAUUUUAAAAAAGAUGGUCUAUUUUAAUUCCAUUACUGCAUUUUUAUGGUUUUCUACACCGUUUCUGGUAUCACUCAUGACAUUUGGCUGUUACGUACUGAUAAAUGAUACAGAAGUUCUGGAUUCCAAGAAAGCAUUUGUAGCUUUGUCUCUGUUCAAUAUACUUCGUUAUCCAAUGACAAUAUUACCCAACGUAUUAUCUAAUGCUAUACAGCUUUGUGUAAGCAUCAAGAGAUUGAAUAAAUUCAUGAAUUCUGACGAAUUAGACACAAGUAUGAUAGAACACAAUCCCAACGAACCCGAUCAGAUCCUGGUGGAAAAUGGCCAUUUUUCUUGGGGUCCAGAUGAGACACCAGUAUUAAAGAAUUUGAAUAUACAUGUUCCUCAAGGGUCGCUAGUAGCCGUGGUUGGUCCUGUUGGCUCUGGUAAAAGCUCACUCCUCUGUGCGAUUCUUGGAGAAAUGGAUAAAGUUUCAGGGCGCGUUAAUGUUAAAGGUGAAAUAGCAUACGUUUCUCAACAAGCCUGGAUACAAAACGCCACUGUGCAAAAUAAUAUAUUGUUUGACAAGCCGUUAAAUAAAUCUAAAUAUAAUAAAAUUCUCGAAGCGUGUGCGUUGAAGACUGAUUUAACUAUCCUUCCUGGCGGUGAUCAGACCGAAAUAGGUGAAAAAGGUAUAAAUUUAUCUGGUGGCCAAAAGCAACGCAUGUCACUGGCACGUGCAGUAUACUAUGACGCUGACAACUAUUUCUUAGAUGAUCCUCUCAGCGCUGUUGAUUCACAUGUCGGAAAACAUCUUUUUGAUCAAGUAAUUGGACCAAAUGGUGUAUUAAAGAAUAAAACGCGUUUGUGGGUGACACAUAACCUCUCCUACCUGGCGCAGACAGACUUGGUAUUGGUACUCAACGACGGCCAAAUAUGUGAGGCUGGCAAAUAUCACGAGCUGCUCGAGAGAAAGGGGGCGUUCGCAGAUUUCUUAAUGCAUCACUUGAGCAAUGCCGAACAGACGGACGAAAAUUUGGAAGCCAAAGUGCAAAGUGAAAAACAAUUGAUUCAGUCGUUGUCGUCUGGAGACCUUAAAUCUCAAAGAAGUGAAUCGGGUGAUCAUAAACAGAAAUUAAAGAAGGAACAUGAGGAUGAAAAUGACGUUGAAAACGAAUAUGAUCAACUUAUUGAAGCAGAGAAAGCGGAGUCCGGCAGUGUGAAGUGGGCAGUCUACAAGCAUUAUUUGUUAAAUGUUGGCAUGCUUGCAGUAGUGGGAACUCCUAUAACAUACGGCUUAAUCCACGGUUUACAAAUUGGUGCUAACUUCUGGCUUGUUCGUUGGUCCAAUGACAAAAACAUGUUAGUGAAUGGCACUGUGGACACAGAAUUACGAGACAUGUAUUUGGGAGUCUACGGCGGCAUCGGUCUUGUACAUGUGAUAGUAUCAAUAUGUGCUGAUCUUCUACCGUACUUGGCCUGCUGGAAGGCAGCAAAGAUUCUCCAUGAAACAUUGUUGAAAAAUUUACUAAGGGCACCAUUGAAUUUCUUUGAAGUAACGCCUGUUGGAAGAAUAAUUACGAGGUUUUCUAAAGAUGUGGAUUCUGUCGACAGUACCAUCCCUUUGCAAAUUGCCAACGCCAUCAAUUUCUCAUUUGAGGUGAUAGGAGUAUUACUCGUUAUAUGUUACUCAACACCAAUGUUUACCGCUGUAAUAAUACCUAUUGGAAUUUUGUACUAUUGCAUACAAAGAUUCUACGUGCCCACGUCUCGUCAGCUUAUGAGGAUCAUGGCUGUAGCCCGCUCGCCGAUCUUCUCGCAUUUUAAUGAAAGCAUAUUGGGAUGUACCAGUAUUCGUGCUUUUGGAGUAAAGGACAGAUUCAUUGCAGAAUCCCAGGGAAAGGUAGAUUAUUUUCAAUCAUUCUCCUACUUAAGGUUCGUUGCGGAUAGGUGGUUGGGAGUCCGGCUUCAGAUUGUCGGCAGUCUUAUUAUAUUCUUUGCUGCAUUAUUCGUAGUGAUCAGUCGGGAUGGUAUCAGUCCAGGACUUGCAGGGCUGUCUGUCAGCUACACAUUGGAGAUCACUCAAACCUUAGGAUUUUUAGUAAAUGCUACUUCAAUAAUAGAAACUGAAAUUGUAGCAGUAGAACGGAUGAAAGAAUAUGCUGAAACGGAACAAGAAGCAGAGUGGAUAAAGGCCAAAGGUCCACAUCCUUCCUGGCCCGAGAAAGGAGCGAUUGAAUUUGAAGGUCUAACUAUGGCAUACCGCAAUGGAGCAGAGCCAGUGUUACAUAACAUUACAUGCACAGUGGGGCCGGGUGACAAGAUUGGUGUAGUUGGUCGCACCGGCGCAGGCAAGUCUACGCUCACACUCGCCCUGUUCAGGAUUAUGGAAGCGGUGGCGGGACGAAUACUUAUUGACGGGCUGGAUAUUGCCGAAAUGGGUCUUCACCAGUUGCGUUCGCGAAUCAGUAUCAUCCCGCAGGAUCCGGUGUUGUUCUCAGGCUCUUUGCGAAUGAACCUUGAUCCCUUUGAAAGUUAUUCGGAUAAUGAAAUAUGGAGCAUUCUCGAGCACGCACAUCUCAAGUCCUUCGUAAAGAGUUUGCCAGCUAGACUGCAAUAUGAGGUGCUGGAGGGUGGUGCAAACCUAUCACUGGGUCAGCGACAACUCGUUUGCCUGGCACGGGCGCUUUUACGUAAAACUCCAUUGCUUGUGUUAGAUGAAGCCACGGCUGCUGUGGACUUGGAGACGGAUGAGCUCAUCCAGAAAACCAUCCGAUCUGAGUUUGCAUCGUGCACCGUGAUUACUGUCGCUCAUCGGCUUAAUACUAUCUUGGAUUCAACAAAAGUCAUGGUACUAGAUAAAGGUCACCUUAUUGAGUACGCACCUCCAGACAAACUGCUACAGGAUAAGAAUUCAAUGUUCUACAGUUUAGCUAAAGAUGCUAGGCUGGUAUAG